AUGAAUAGUGACAGCGAAGAAGACUUCGAAGCUACUUAUGAAGCCGGCGAUGAAGACGAGGAUAGUGAUGUGGGAGUUGAGACAGCAGCUGAUAAUGUAGUGGUUCACCCAUCGAUCAGUCAACCGAUGAACGUGCCACCUUUUAUACGUGAGUUGGAUCUCGACGCCAUGCAUGCACCGAAGUUUCUGGAAUAUUCAAACAUAGGCGUUGCUGAUCCCGAGGACGGAGAGUUCCGGAUUGGAGUGGAAUACAGUUCUAGAAAGUCGGUCGUGGCAACAAUUAGAAGUUACACUAUCGCUAGAGGAGUUGACUACGACAUGUAUGAGUCUGAGCCACAAACGUUCUAUGCAAAAUGCAAGAUGUAUGGGCGUGGGUGCGACUGGCUUAUCCGAGCCAGCUUGAUACGGAAAAAAGGUUGUUGGGAGAUACGCAGAUACAACGGUAGGCACACGUGCACAGCUGGAGUGAUUUCACAGGAUCAUUCCAAGUUGGACUCGGACACAGUUGCUGAGGCUAUAAGGUCAUUGGUCGAGACUGACCCGUCCAUAAAGGUGAAAACUAUAAUAGCCGAAGUCCAGUCAAGGUUCAACUAUACCAUCAGUUACCGAAAGGCUUGGUUGGCAAAACAGAAGUCCAUAGCGAAAGUUUUCAGUGAUUGGGAGGAGAGUUACCAAGCCUUGCCGUGGUGGCUCUCGGUUAUGGUUCAGAAGAUUCCUGGGUCAGUUGUCCAGAUAGAAACACGCCCACUCUACAAUGGGAAUGAAGAGGCGCAAGGGGUAAAAAUACUUCAUCGCGUAUUUUGGAGUUUCAAUCCAUGCGUUAGGGCAUUCAGGCAUUGCAAACCCCUAGUUCAGGUUGACGGAACACACCUAUAUGGAAAGUACAAAGGUACACUUUUGGUCGCUGUUGCACAGGAUGGGAACCAGAACAUUGUGCCUAUUGCUUUUGCCUUAGUGGAAGGGGAGACAGCUGAUGCGUGGCACUUCUUCCUAAGGAAUCUGCGAAUGCAUGUUGUCAGAAAAGAUGGUGUGGGUAUGAUCUCGGACCAGCAUGAGUCAAUUCGGGUAGCGGUAAAUCGUUCCGGAGGUGACUGGUAA